AUGGGAUGUCUGACUCGUCUCUACCCGGACAUAAACCAUCUUGGUUGUGCAAGGCUGUGUCUGGACUCCCGCAGAUGUCCUUCAUACGUGUACAGCUCGGUCAACCGGUCUUGUGUCAUCUGCACUGAUGGCUACUCCAUCAAAGGGGUCACCUUUGAGUCAGGCCAAGGUUCCCAUUUAUUAACAAAGAUGCAGUGGCGUGCCAAACAAAACUACACAAACAGUUUAGUUCGAUUUGAUUUCCCGAGUACGAUCCUGCCAGGAGAAUUGGGAACCUUUUACGCCCGUGAUGUCAUACUGGCUACUAAUGAUAGUGCAACACUGUCAAGUUUCUUUAAGAUUCAAAUAGAUGAUGACCAAUACUACUUUGACGCCUUGAUCCGGUGGUCAAACAAUACUGAGAAGUGGCCUGAUGGCAGCUACGCCCUUUUAAAGCCUGUCUCGGGCUGCCCCAGAGGGGACAUCGAGAACUGGUCCACGGGUGACAAAAUGAUUCAGAGUGAAUCCACUUCUGACAUCCACUCUUUGAAGAACUCUGAGAAGUCUCAUCUGUCAAGACCGUUAUUUAAAACAGUAGACCAAGUCAAUUAUGUUAUUUUACGUUACUGCGUGAAAACUACAUCUACCUUGGUGAACAAAGUGUCUUGGCCAAAUGGAUCGUAUUGUAUCAACAAGAAGCUCAGCUGUCCUUUGGGCUUUCAGGAGGGUCAAGUCUACAUCGAUGAAGAAGAUUCUUUUGGAGGCAAAGGAAUCGUCAACGGCAUUGUUCCAGAUGACAAUUCAAGCAGUACGCAUUUGUUCUGUUGCCGAAAUGAUUCCAGGCCAGACACACCAAUAAGUCUACCAAACAAAUCUCCCUUUUACUUAAACAGAAAGGGAGGUAAAUGCCAGCAAGUAGUUGGCAUGUCUGUCGAGGAAGAUUUCGUUCUGAUUGAUUCCGAAAAUAAUAAUAAUCAAGACAAGAACAAUGGGAGCUUUAAUGAUGUGGCAAUCAAUAAUGUUAUUUUUUAUCUAUGUUACUAUAGGCCACUCUACUUUGGGCCAAUUUUGAAUUAG